AAAAUUUUUACCCAAAACCCAAAAACAAGCGUAUGUUAACGUGCGCCGAGAGACCUGGCCGUUUAAAAGACCGACGGAUGCCUCACUUCCGAAAUCACACACAAACACUCUAUCCCACAUUAUCAAGAUGAUGAAGCUAUCGCGCCUUUUGCCUUCCAGGAAGCAGUUGUCUGAAAAACUGUUAUAUGGAAAAGUUGCUGAUGCUAAAGAUUCUUCAUGUUUGUAUACUUUUGCAUUUCGGGCUGGGAUAUCAACUGUUAGAGAGAAUUUUGCUGCUAAAGGAGGUGCUGCAAGUCAAAUAUUUGCUCCUUAUUCUAUUUUCAAGGGCAAAGCUGCACUCACUGUGAAGCCUGUUCUCCCAACUUUCACCAAAUUGGAUUCUGGUAAUCUUAUAGUUGAUCGCCGUGGUGUCAUGAUGUUGACGUUUUUACCUGCUAUUGGUGAGCGCAAGUAUGAUUCUGAGAAGAGACAGUUGUUUGCUUUGUCGCCGACAGAAGUUGGGUCUUUGAUAAGCUUGGGAUCCAAAGAUUCUUGUGAAUUCUUCCAUGAUCCAUCAAUGCUAAAGAGUAAUUCCGGUCAAGUCAGGAAGACCUUAUCAAUUAAGGCUCAUGCGGAUGGUAGUGGCUAUUUCAUUUCUUUGAAUGUUGUCAACAAUAUUCUUAAAACCAAAGAAUACCUCUCUGUUCCUGUCACAACUGCCGAAAUUGCGGUGAUAAAGACAGCUUGCAGUUUUGCGUUGCCCCACAUCUUGGGUUGGGACCGCUUAACUAAUCAGCCGCAGCUGCCAAGACCCAUAGAGGGGCACCCAUCAAAAGUGGAUCCAAAAUUUGUGGAGUUAGAGUGGGAUAAAUGAAGUCAUGUUGUCCAAGAAUCAAAUAGAACGUUCGCAUUGUCUCUUAGUGAUGCCACCUCUUCGGAUUGUUUAUCAAUUUGAAAGAACUGUUUUUGUGGGCUUGCUAAACCGUGUGCUAUUAUUUUGUGUACUCUCUAUAUAUCCUGUUUCUGUAACCAAACACUUCUUUUCCGCUUUCUACUGAAGUUCUUAGUCUUAAACCAAAAAAGAAAAAAUAUUUUCCUGAA